AUGGCUAUAUCGAUUUACACGAUAUUCGGGAUUAAGUUUUUAGAUGGUGUGACUGGGGGCGGCAUGGUGCAUACCGCUCCCCAACACCCCAUCCUAGGCGGGGAUGCACUGGAAAAAAUAGAAAUAAUUUUGAUUUAUGAAGAAACACGCAGGAAUCUUGAUGAUGCUGUUAAUAUCUACGCUCAGCGUUUUCCGGAAAUUAUUCGAUCACUUACUUCAUUUCACCGUACAGUCAAGCAGUUUACUACGAACGGGAGUGUUCAACCGAAAAAAAGAGUUCGUCGAGCAACAGUCACAGGUGUAAAUAAUAAAAUUAAUGUAUUAGCAGCAACAGCCGCUAAUCCUCAUGCAAGCACACCAGAGAUUUGGGAUAUCCCAGAGUGUUAG